GCUCCUACGGGCUGUAGAUGGAGCUGUCCGGCCCCGGCGAGGGGGAAGGCGCCUGGAAAACGUUCUUCCUCUCCCUGGCCGGCCCGAGCGGGGAACAGCACUCCCAGGAUGCAGUUUGUGUCAACACGGCCGCAGCCUCAGCAGCUGGGCAUCCAGGGCCUGGGGCUGGACAGCGGGAGCUGGAGCUGGGCCCAGGCUCUGCCCCCGGAGGAGGUCUGCCACCAGGAGCCGGCGCUGCGCGGGGAAAUGGCCGAGGGAAUGCCGCCCAUGCAGGCUCAAGAAUGGGACAUGGACGCCCGGCGACCAAUGCCUUUUCAGUUCCCACCCUUCCCAGAUAGGGCCCCCGUCUUCCCUGACCGCAUGAUGAGAGAGCCCCAGCUGCCCACAGCAGAGAUCUCACUCUGGACCGUGGUGGCCGCCAUUCAGGCCGUGGAGAGGAAGGUGGAUGCCCAGGCCAGCCAGCUGCUGAAUCUGGAGGGACGGACGGGGACAGCCGAGAAGAAGCUGGCCGACUGUGAGAAGACUGCUGUGGAGUUCGGGAACCACAUGGAGAGCAAGUGGGCCGUGCUGGGGACCCUGCUGCAGGAGUACGGGCUGCUGCAGAGGCGGCUGGAGAACAUGGAGAACCUGCUGAGGAACAGGAACUUCUGGGUCCUGCGGCUGCCCCCGGGCAGCAAGGGGGAGGUCCCCAAGGUUCCGGUGACUUUUGUCGACAUUGCUGUUUACUUCUCUGAGGACGAGUGGAAGAACUUGGACGAAUGGCAGAAGGAGCUUUACAACAACCUUGUGAAGGAGAACUAUAAAACCCUGAUGUCCCUGGACUCGGAGGGUCCAGUGCCCAAGCCAGAUGCUCCAACCCAGGCUGAGCCCAGGGAAGAGCCUUGCAUGUGGGAGCAACGAGAUCCAGAAGAGAGAGAAAUCCUAAUGGAUCCAGACACAGGAGCAGAACCCCUGGUGCCUGCACAGGACGCAUCCUCUCAGGUGAAGCGGGAGGAGUCCCUGUGUGUCCGGGGCCAGCGGGUCCUGGAGGAGAGGGCCAUCCCCACAGAGGCCAUUUCUGACUCACCAGCCUCUGCCCAGGACCUCCUGUCCCGGAUUAAACAGGAGGAGCACCCGUGCGUGUGGGAUCAGCAGGAUUUGGCAGAGAGAGAUAUUCCAACGGACCCCAAUUCAGAGUCUCUGAUCUCAGCACAUGACAUUUUGUCAUGGAUCAAGCAGGAGGAGCAGCCAUACCCGUGGGGCCCACGCGACUCAAUGGAAGGAGAGCUUGGAUUAGAUUCUGGCCCCAGUGACAGCCUGCUGAUGGUGAAGAACCCCGCCCCGGCCCCGGAGCGGCCGUACGAGUGCGCCGAGUGCGAGAAGAGCUUCAACUGCCACUCGGGCCUCAUCCGCCACCAGAUGACGCACCGCGGCGAGCGGCCCUACAAGUGCUCCGAGUGCGAGAAGACCUACAGCCGCAAGGAGCACCUGCAGAACCACCAGCGGCUGCACACGGGCGAGCGGCCCUUCCAGUGCGCGCUCUGCGGCAAGAGCUUCAUCCGCAAGCAGAACCUGCUCAAGCACCAGCGCAUCCACACGGGCGAGCGGCCCUACACAUGCGGCGAGUGCGGCAAGAGCUUCCGCUACAAGGAGUCUCUCAAGGACCACCUGCGCGUGCACAGCGGCGGCCCGGGCCUCGGUGCACCGCGGCCCCUCCAGGCGCCGCCGGAGCGAGACUAGGGCUGGGCUGGGGGCGGGGAGGGCCCGGCGGCAGGAGCAGGGGGUGGAGGCGGGCCUGGGGGCGGCCUGAGGAUCCACCGUCCUGCCUGUGGUUCUCCCCCUCCCUCUGCCCGCCACCUGCUGGAAAUCGGGAACAGGUAUUGCACUCCAGACAGGGUCCCCCGAGGGUUGGGCAGGGGUCCCCUAGACCUGUCUGGCCUAAAUGGACAGCCCAGCUCAUCUCAUAGGGUGGACCAAGGGGCCGGCUGAGCAGCUUCCCGCGGGGAGGGUGCCAGAGGGACAACGACGGGGUGAGGGGCCUUGGGCACCCCCCUCAGACAGCUCGUGUGCCCAUUUGGCCUUUGGGGUCACAGAUUGUGAUCAGGGGAAGCAACGGGGGAGUCUGGGCACCCUCUGAGAUAAGGAAGUAAGGUCCUAGGGUUAAGGGGCGCUGCAGAAGGAAGCGGAAGGUGACGGUGAGGUGAGGGAUGUGCUAAGGGUUACUAACAUCUCCGAUGACAACACUGCCUCGCGUUUGAAUAGCGCUUUAUACUUUUUUAAACGUGUUUUCUAUCCGUUAUCUAUUUCGCCCUUAGCCUAUCCCUCUGAGGUAGGUGGAGUAGGGUUUUCCUGACUUGGUAAGUCAGGAAAGUGAGCUGCAGCUGAGAUGGUUUACCCAAGGUCACACAAAAAGAGUGGCAGGGCUGGGCCAGGCUCUGCACCCCAGCGCAGUGUCCCCACCACACACUCUGCCUACCUCCGUGGUCUGAGAGACCUCUCUGGCCUUGCCUCUUCUGGUCUCUCUCCUCUCUCUGUCCCCUGACCCACCAAAAAUAAUCAGAAGCAACAGGGGGCCAACUCAUGUGCUUACUUGGAAUGGGGAGCAGAUUGGCGACAAAAUGCCCCAAGUUGUGCUUCUGAAAGGCUCUUAUGUGGGCACUCCUGGGCAGAAGGGCCCCCUGCCCCCAGCCUGCCCUCCCCCGCUCCAGUCCCUCAUCUGGUGCAGCAGCAUCUUUGCACUGCACAGUAGUGACCUGGCCCUCCAGAGGCAGCUGGCGCCCUGGGUCAGACCUCACCCUGAUGAUUUAUUCCAGUUUCCCAGGGCAGAGGGGUGAGGGAGAGGCUCGUGCUGCAGGAGCAGCCAUCGAGGAAGUGAGUCUCUCCAGGAGGGCCAGGCAAGUGGGUGCUAGAGUCUGAGAGCCCUCAGUCUCUCUCCUGCCCUGAGCCUCCCAACUGGUGCUAUCUGUUAACUGACCAUGCUCACGGACAUGGACACAGACCCUACCAUGCUCCAGACCCUGCAGGCGCCCCAGGAGGCUCCCAAAGGACUCCCUUUCGUGUUGGUGCAUCUGCUCCAUGGUCCCAAGGGGACACAGGCUCCAUUUCUGCGUCUUGCAUGGCCAGGCACUGGGGUGGAGUGGCAUGCCCCAGGACCCUUGUUUGUGUCAAGAAUGACUUUUCCUGCUCCUCCCAUCGAUUCUGCUUCUCUCCCAGCCAGGGAGCACAGUGGGCAGCCAGCACCUGGCACCACGUUCGUGAGCGCUCUGCUUCUGCCCUUCCCCUCAUCUGCACCGCUCUGCUUUCCUCAGACCCCUUUUUGCCAUGCAAAGGGAAUUCUUGAAAUUAAAUAAAAGGUGUCCAGAUUGCAGACUGCAUGUUCACGAGCCCGGAGGGUUCUCCAGUGUGGCUUCAUAUGGGAAAGCCCCCCUGGACUGGAAUCCAGCUAACGAGGAUUUCUUCUUUUCUUCAUUUUUGCUUUUUGAAGGAGGCAAAUCUUAAGAAAUCAAGUUGAGAUGAGAAAUUAAACAUAGAGAAGUUCAGUGGAGUUUUGUUAGAGCAGAAGGGGGCACUCCAGUGUUUUGGUUGGGAGGGGGCGGUAUUCUGCUUUUCAAAAGCAUAUGCAGAAAAUUAAUAUUUUCAUAAUCUAAAUCAUGGAAAAUAAGACCCACAAAAUUUUUUUUGGCUGUUGAGAGUAUGAAGAAGGGGGGAAAAUCACUAUUGAGACAUGGGUUUGAAACAUUUGAGCACACAGCUCAAACCUAUCCCUUUAUUUUACCCUGAAGGAGCUGAUUCCCAAAGAGCUUUAGUGACUGAGUGAGUGGGAGAGCCAAGACUAGAGUCUGGUUUCCUGCGUCCUGUGGUGGACCCACUGCACCCGGUGCCCAUCAGCUACACCACGAGCCUCCAGCACCGGCCCCGGGAGAGCCCUAGAGUGCCCUCCACCUGGAGCUCAGCAAAGGUGGUGAUACUCAGUGUGGACCUCUCCCAGGCAGCAAGGAUCCUCUCUGUGGACCCUGCAAUCCAGUCCACUUACUGAAGCAGGACAGGGGUCUUGCUUUGGGGAUGGAUUUUUAUUUUCCUUCUGAUAAUGUGUUAAUUAAAAUUAACUAUUUUAAUUAAAAAUUAAUGCAUGCAGUAAAAAUUCAAAUGGUAAAAAAAAAAAGACACAAUGAAGAGUAAAACUCUUUCCUACCUGACUCCCUGUUGGGAAGCAUUUGCUGCUAAGAGCUGCUUGUAUGUCUUUCCAGAAUUGGAGAAGUCAGGGCCUGAAGGGUGCAUUGCUUGGGGCAGGGGAAAGGAGGGGGGAAGCAUUGUGGGAUGAGGAUGAAACAUGGCAGCGAGGCAGCAAUUGGGAUUGUAAGGCAGGAGGCUGGAGUUGCCAGUUGAGUCACAGCCCGGCCACGGAGGGCCUUGAAUGCCAGAGCUGUUGCAUAGAUAGGCUGCCAGUGAGCCUGAGAUCCACUGUGCCACAGACCCCCUGAGAGCCCCCUUAGAACUCCAUAGAAGCAGAGUGCAUAGCUCUAAAAGAAGGUCAGAGGAUGAAAAUGGAAGUCUUGAGAAGGCAAGUUGAAGCUACAUACCAGUGAAAAUGAAAAACCACAGGUAAAGGUAUCUUACGAUCAAGGGUUUGGGUACCAUAACUGGCUCUCUGAGAUCUGGUUCCUGGAUAUUGCAUUUUGGCAGAGAGUAAGGGGGAAAAGGAAAUGUCAUACCAGGCACAAGAUGAACCAGCCUGUGCCAAAUUUUACAGUAUUGGUCCAUCUGAUUGUUAGAAAAGCAUGUAACAGAGCAUCCUAGCAGGCCGGGGCCCUGAUGGGCAUGGUUGGGAAAGGCCAUGGCAUUCCAUGUGCCACUGACUCCUUAGGGAGCCAUUAAGGAAGGAGAUUUCUAAAGCAGUAAUUCUCGGGAAGAAGGGUCCUGGGUGUAUGUCAGAAUCUCACCCUACCCGACCCUGUGAGGUUUCCUUAGGUGCCCUUCCAUAAAAUCUAGCGAGGUGCUGGCACUGUGUCCUAAAGGUUGAGAACCUCUGUUCAAACCUCUUUAGGCAUAUUUUAAACCCACAUCAUCCCUCAGCAUAAUCAUUUCAGUAGGUUUACUAUCUCCUAUUCUGAAAGAAGACUGUCGUUGAGUUGUCUCCCGUUCAAGAUUCAAGGGAGAUCCUAUAUCCAGACUUAGAAGUAUAAGCCAGUGUUGGUUACCUGACUGUUCCUGCUCCUUCCGUCCCUAUGGGGUCCAUAUCCUUUAACAGUAAAGUGGCUUGAGUCCCCAUCCUACAUGUAGUGUCAAAACCAGCAGCCUGUGCCCCACAUCUCAAGGAUUUGGGGGUGAGGAGAGGUUUGUUUUCCUUUGUUAACUCGUGCUUUUUGGAUUCUCAGAUUCACGUGUCUCUGCCUUCACGCUGCUGGUGCUCUCAGCUCGGUGUUACCCCAGGUGGUGGAGCUCUGUGCUUUUCCUCUGUUGCCUUCCCCAGAUAAGAUACUUCUGCGUGGUAGACAUCCUUCAGAGGUUACAGAGAGGGUCUCAUAGCCUAGUGCAUGAUCCCUUAAAAGACCUUGAACCAUUCUGACCGUCAGGAGUUUCUCAGAAUUCGCCUCUCCCCUUCUCAAUCUUGUAUCUUCCCUGCCUCUCCAACGAGUAGCUCCUCUCUCCCAGGAUACCCAGGGAAAUCCCCAAAUCAUCACUUACUAUGGAGAGCAAUUUACUUCUAUCUUUGCUCACCUUCUGCCUUUAAAGCCUUGCCCUGGGGUCUCUUCUUCCAUAAUUAAAAUGGCCAGUAAAACUCUUUUGCUAAACAAAACACUGUUUUCUCCCUCUGAGGAAUUCUGUACCAGUUUUUAAUCAAUCAAUUAAUGAAGUUUUGAAUAGAUUUUUACAUUAAUAUAUUCAAGAUUUUAAAUGUAUAAAAGGAUGUGCCAUAAAAAAUCUUGUUACCCAGUCAUCCAGUUACUCUACGGGAGGCUGACAGGCCAACCAGGAAAAAGGAGAAGUUUCUGGAAGGAGCUUGGAAUCAUUCAGACUCGGGAACAGUUGCAUAACCAAUCCGGGACAGAGAUAAAAGUUGUCACUCAUCUCUGCUUCUUUGUGUGUGUUGGGAUCAUUCUUUCAAACCAAGUUACUCCAAAAAAAAAAAAAAAAGGGGGGGAGACAGGACUGUUCCUGACUAAUAUUUACAGCUUCACCAGAAAGGAAAUUAACUUGUUCCCUCAGCUCCACUUAGAAAAAUUCCAAGGAAGGGGGGGAGGGCCGGAAAAAAAAAAAAAGAAAGAAAAAUCCCAAGGAAGAAAUCUGAUUGGUCCAGCUUAGGUCAUAUGUCCACCCCUGGCUCAAUUACUGUGGCCAGGAGGCGAGGGUGCUACGAUUGGGCUGGCUUGAGUCAGAUGCCUGCCCUUCAGUCAUUGUGACGGGGCUGGAAUUGUCAUGGAACAAGAUGGCAGCACCCAUUCAAAUUACAAGGCUAGGGCCCAGGGGAGAGCUGUCCCCAAAGAGAAGGAGGUGCAUUUAUGCCCAGAGGAAAGGAGAAGUGCACAGCUGACAAAGUGAACAGAUAUCCACUACACACAUAUAUACAGCAGGGGGCAGCUUGAGCCAAGGUGUGUUCAUUUUAGGAUUCUCACUGACCUGGAAGCCUAGAGGGGCCUGCUCCCCAGGGGGUUAUUUAUGCAAAAGAAGGAGCACAAGAGACAUGGUCCCUGCCAUCUAGAGACUUGCAGGAUAGCAAGGGGAACAGAAUAAAAAGGGUCUCAACUAAGUGGAAUAAAGCUGUGGUCAAUAAACUUUCC